AGAGGCAGGCAGCCGGGGUGCAGAGUAGGUAGGGCUGGACAAGCGCACGGCCAUGGCCCCGUGGCUGCAGCUCUGCUCCGUCUUCUUCACGGUCAACGCUUGCCUUAACGGCUCGCAGCUGGCCGUGGCCGCGGGCGGCUCCAGCAGAGCGCGGGGCGCCGACACCUGCGGCUGGAGGGGAGUGGGGCCGGCCAGCAGAAACAGUGGGCUGCACAACAUCACCUUCAGAUAUGACAACUGCACCACUUACUUGAAUCCAGUGGGGAAGCACGUGAUUGCUGAUGCCCAGAACAUCACCAUCAGUCAGUAUGCUUGCCAUGAGCAAGUGGCAGUCACCAUUCUUUGGUCCCCAGGGGCCCUUGGCAUCGAAUUCCUAAAAGGAUUUCGAGUAAUACUGGAGGAGCUGAAGUCAGAGGGAAGACGGUGCCAACAACUGAUUCUAAAGGACCCAAAGCAGCUCAACAGUAGCUUCAAAAGAACUGGAAUGGAAUCUCAACCUUUCCUGAAUAUGAAAUUUGAAACGGAUUACUUUGUGAAGAUCGUCCCUUUUCCUUCCAUUAAAAAUGAAAGCAAUUACCACCCUUUCUUCUUCAGAACCCGCGCCUGCGACCUACUGCUACAGCCGGACAACCUGGCCUGUAAACCCUUCUGGAAGCCUCGGAACCUGAACAUCACCCAGCACGGUUUGGACAUGCAGGUGUCCUUCGACCACGCACCACACACCUUUGGCUUCCGUUUCUUCUAUCUUCAUUAUAAGCUCAAGCAUGAAGGGCCCUUCAAGCGAAAGACCUGUAAACAGGAGCAAAAUACAGAGACAACCAGCUGCCUCCUUCAAAAUGUUUCUCCUGGGGAUUAUAUAAUUGAGCUGGUGGAUGACACUAAUACAACAAGAAAAGUGAUGCAUUAUGCCUUAAAGCCAGCACAUUCCCCGUGGGCGGGGCCCAUUAGGGCUGUUGCCAUCACCGUUCCUCUGGUUGUCAUCUCCGCAUUUGCCACCCUCUUCACCGUGAUGUGCCGCAAGAAGCAACAAGAAAAUAUAUAUUCACAUUUAGAUGAAGAGAGUUCUGAGUCCUCCUCGUACACCACGGCACUCCCCAGAGAGAGGCUCUGGCCUCGGCCGAAGGUUUUCCUCUGCUAUUCCAGUAAAGAUGGCCAGAAUCACAUGAACGUUGUCCGGUGUUUUGCCUACUUCCUCCAGGACUUCUGCGGCUGUGAGGUGGCUCUGGACUUGUGGGAAGACUUCAGUCUUUGCCGAGAAGGACAGAGAGAAUGGGUCAUCCAGAAGAUCCAUGAGUCCCAGUUCAUCAUCGUGGUGUGUUCCAAAGGCAUGAAGUACUUUGUGGAUAAGAAGAACUACAAGCACAAAGGCAGCGGCCGGGGCUCCGGGAAGGGCGAGCUCUUCCUGGUGGCUGUGUCCGCCAUCGCUGAAAAGCUCCGCCAGGCCAAACAGAGCUCCUCAGCCCAGCUCAGCAAGUUCAUCACCGUUUACUUCGACUAUUCCUGCGAGGGAGAUGUUCCCGGCAUCCUGGACCUGAGCACCAAGUACAAACUCAUGGACAACCUUCCCCAGCUCUGUUCCCACCUGCACUCCCGAGACCACGGUCUCCCGGAUCCCGGGCAGUACCCCGGACAGGUGAGCAGAAGGAACUACUUUCGCAGCAAAUCAGGUCGGUCCCUUUACGUCGCCAUUUGCAACAUGCACCAAUUUAUCGAUGAGGAGCCCGACUGGUUUGAGAAGCAAUUCAUUCCCCUACGCCCUACCCCACUUCACUACCGGGAGCCGGUGCUGGAGAAGUUUGACUCGGGAUUAGUGUUAAAUGAUGUCAUGUGCAAACCAGGCCCUGACAGCGAUUUCUGCCUCAAGGCCGAGGCGGUCCCCGGGGUGCAGGCCGACUUGCCCUUGGAGGGCCAGCCCUUGGGCCUGGACCCAGACGUGGAGGCGGGGCCUGGGCCCGGCAGCGGCUCGGUCCUGCGCCCCCUGCUGCACGUGGUGAAAGCCGCCAGCCCCUCGGACAUGCCCCGGGACUCGGGCAUCUACGACUCAUCCGUGCCCUCCUCGGAGCUGUCUCUGCCCCUAAUGGAAGGACUCUCAGCGGAUCAAACAGAAACAUCUUCACUGACGGAGAGUGUGUCCUCCUCCUCCGGCCUGGGUGAGGAGGAUCCUCCCGCCUUCCCUUCCAAGCUCCUCACCUCUGGGGCGUGCCGAGCAGAGCCUGGUUGCUGCAGCUACACUGGUGAACUCCACGCAGUCGCCCCUUUGUAACAAAACAGAAGAGUCUACGCAUUGCCACUUUAGCUGCUGCCUCUCUCUGGUCCCCCAGCUCUUCUCUCUGGUUGAGCAGUCUGCUUGGAGCUGAGGUCUCCUACAAGGAUAUUUGGAGUGAAAUUCGGGCCAGUACUUGCUCUCCUUGCCCCAUCCCUCUACCUGAUAUCUUGGCAAAGUCUCCAAUUUUCUAAAACCAUAUGGAUCUCUGGAAGGCAUGUCCACAAGGUCUGACGGCAGCUGGUCACAUUAGGUCAGACCUUGGAUUAGAGCCAACUCUGGGAGGUCGGGAGGAAACAUGCACAGAGAAACAGGAAAAUACCUGCACUGCUCAUUCAGAUUUUAUUUAUCUCUUCCGACUUUGCCCAUUCGCUGUUGGCUACUUUGAUUGGAAAUGCUUUGUGGAAGAAGCACUUUUAGUACCAUUACAGCCACAGAAAUCAAGUGCCAGUCUAUCUGGAAUCCAUGUUCUUACAGAUGAUGUUCUUGUCUGUUUUGGGUGUAGAAUUUACAAUGGCUUGGAUGUUAAAAAAGCUCUGAGUCAAAGGUCAAGGAAAUGACUGUAUAUCGUAUCACCUUUCAUAAUACGAGUCUUUAUGUGUUCGUGGGUGCCAUGGCACACUGAGGUGGGGGCUGCAGGGUCAGGCUGACCAUCUAGACAAUUCUUUCUGACAUAGGUUGGUCAAUGUCCAGAAAGCAGCAAAACUCAGGACACAGGACCGCCUCUUGGUUUGAGUAGGCUUCGUGUGGGGGUGGGAUCUGCCCACCAAGUUUCCCGGGGUUACAUUUACUGCGCAGUGUCUUAGAUGUUGCUGCCUGGAAGUUUAUUUUUAAAAGACUAAUACCCAACUGGGCUGGAUUACUGGAAGCCGGAGUCCGUGCUUCAUUUGGCUUCUGAUCUAAAGCUGUGUCCAGAAUAUCAGGGAUCAGAAUCCAUUGAAAUAUGGCAAUGUGCAGGUGGCAGCCACUUAAUCUGCUGAACUGGUUUUGACUAAUGAUAAAUCUCAUUUUAAGAAGGUGGAGGGGAGACUGUCACAAAGAUGAGUUUGCUCUUCUAAUAUCAUCUGAAGAAGACAUGAGACCUGAAGUCAUUCAAUUCUUGAAUCUCAAAGUACUCCCCCCACAACUCAGCCUGUGAAUCGUGUUUUGCUGUGUGUUUCUGUUGUAUUUACCCAGUGAAAGAUUGGUCUCUUGUGCUCCUACCAAAAAUAGGUAUUUAGAGUUUAGGAGGAAAGAAUUUGCUUUAAAAAAGGAAAAGUAAACGUUCUGUUUUUAAUGAAUGAAGUUUCUACAGAAUUUCUCCUUCCGAAGGGAAAACAGUUGUUCAAAUCCUGCUUGUCUAUUAGCAUGUGUGUGAUGAUGUCUUUGUGGAAUCCCUUCUCCCUGUGUCCUUGAGGGGUUGUGAGCAUCUUUCUCCACCCUUUCCGUGGGUGCUGUUGGCUUCGGGCACCCUGCUUUUACUCAGCACUACACAGGGGACCCUGGGUUUUACUCCUUUAGCAGGUAGGACCAAUAUUAAGGGAGACACUGAGGAAUGUCUCAAGGAGGGGUUGGGAGGUAGAAUGAGGCAGGACUUUCCAUCCAAGCACAUGCUCAGCAGGUGAGAAGGGAAGGUUUGCAGCCUUGCUGCAAAGAAGAGGUUUGUGUGUAUUUUUGAUGCAAAUGCCACACUCCAUGCUCUGUAAAGGCAGCUGACGGCUUCUUGGGGGAAGAACGUGUUUGUCUGUUCUCUGGCAUCGAGUUUCCUGCAGCUGCUCUGCAGGGGAGACAAGUGAGCCUCACAACCACCUCCCCCACAGAACCAGGCAUCCGGUUGGAGAAGAGAUGUUCCAUGAUACUGGAGAGUCUGGGACAAGUGCAGAGCUCCUGCCCACAUAUGCCUGCCCUGCCCUUCCACCGUCAGGAUACGUUCUGCAAGGGAGAUUGGUCAGUCCAAACUUGCUAACAUGAAAAUUCACUCUGGAACAGUAUCAAGAGAGAUUGAAGCCAAGAAAUGGUACGUGCUCCAAAGGAACCCCGAGGAGCUACUUUUAGGUUAGAUAUUCAGCUUUGCACAGAAAAUGAGGCAUCUCUGAGAAAGCGACCCCAGGAACAGCACGGAGGACUGGCAGGGGGUGGGGAGCAUCAACUGAGCUCCAUGCAUGUGGGCAGAGAGCUUGCUGAAUGAACUUCCUUCUUGUGAAAAUGCAAGGGAAAAAAUGUGCUAGACCAAAAAUCAGGUAAACUUUUCAUUUGGAUUUAUGGUUUGGAUACUUAUUUUCAAAUACUAAUGUUUCUUAUGUUCAACACAAGCAGACUCUAACAUACCAAGUAGCAAAACCACAGUGUUGAGAUGUCCCAACUUCCUGGUUUUGCCUUACUAGUUUCACUUUUUUUUUUUUUUUUUUUAAACCUCCCCAUCUUCUGCUGGGAAUGAGAACAGUUGCCUUGUAGAUUAAGGCAAAACAUCUGUUUUAAGCAGACCUGCAGUUUUUGACUGAUACAUUGUUCCAGGCAAUGGAAAUGAUAACACAGAAUUCAGAUAAAGGUUCUACUGAAUCACAGGCUUCUUGAAAUUGGGGAAAUAAGAAUUAGAAUAUAAGGAUGAUCUCAAUAAAAAGCCUUGGUCCUGAGAAUAAGAGGCUUGUGUAGCUAAGUUAGCUGGUGUUCUCUGGGCAGGACACCUGGAGUAGGUCCAAGGACCCAGGUAAGCAAAUCUUGAAGGUAGUUGAAGGUAGGGAGCUAGGUGUUCAUCUUAACUCCCUAGUGCCCUACAGAAAGGACUUAGCAUCUGACAUAGUCAGCUUUGUCCAGGGAUGGAUUGGGGAAGUGGAAGCCCAGGUAAAGGUGUGUUUUUCUCCCAGAGGUUGGCCACAAGCAACAAGAACCACCUGGACAGACCCAGUCCAGCCACACAGUGGACAGAGCGUCCUGCAGGGGAUCCUCCAGAGGGCCAAAUCCUGGGCCUUUGAGGCACAUUGAUCUCCAGAGAGAAUCAGAAGACAUUCAGGUCCAGGUCCAGGCCCAGGCCCUCAGGUUGGGUAAUAGCAUUUUGAACCAAAAAUGAGAUGGGGCCUUAAAGUCAUGAGACCAUUUUUGGUUAACACAUUAGUAAUAACUGAAGACAGUCCCAGAGCAGAAGUUCAAAAAUGUCUUUAGCAACUAUGACAUCAUCAGAAUCAAUGGGUCAUAAUUUGAGGUCGUGCGUGUUUGUAUAUUAAAG